GGGUGAUAUGGCAAGUUGGUCCGACACUGUGCAGAAGGGUAAUUCACAUAGUGCAUGUAGGCCAGAUCUCAUGCUUAUUGCAUUUGUAAAUGAUCAAAGGGUUGAUAUUCUAAAUUUGGAGACUGGUUGUCCAGAUUCUUCUAAAUGA